AUGGCUUUCACUUUACUAUACUCGCUCUGCGGCGCUGGCUUCGCCCUGCUCCAGCUGCUAGCUCCAGCCACAGCACGUCCAAUAGCACGGUCUACAAGCUCUUCCACAUUAGUGGCCCUUCAGUUCGCCAACGUACUGGAGCAGCUCGAGUCCACUUUCUACGCGCAGGCUCUUCAAAAGUUCAAUCAGUCAGAUUUCACGGCAGCAGGCUUUGCUUCGGCCCAGGUCCCCUUGCAACAGUUUCAGGCUAUCUUCAAAGAUGAAUCCACGCACACAACUACAUUACAGUCGGCUAUUAAUGCGUUGGGAGGCCAAACGAUAUCAAACUGUACAUUCAACGUUGCUUCCUUGCUCACCGAUGUACCCACUAUGGUGGCGGCAGCAAGGCUCGUGGAAAAUGUUGGUGUGAGCGCCUACCUUGGCGCCCUGACCUUGAUCAACGACACGGUCCUCUCCACUGCAGCUGCCACCAUUAUGACGGUUGAGGCGCGCCACCAAACUAUUCUUAAUGUGCUGGCAGGGGCCACCGCGAUCCCUCAGGCGUUUGAUGUCGCUUUGAAUCCAUCUGAGAUUCUUGCAUUGACAGGGGGGUUAAUUUCUGGAUGCAACCUCGGAAUUCCAGCAAAUGUUCCGCUCAAAGUGAACAAUUCUGGUCCCAUUCAAGCAGGAACGAAGUUGACCUUCACCUCUGCCGCACUGAACGGAACUGUAGAGAACCUGUCCUGCCAAUUCCUCUCUGGCGGCUUGCCUGUUGCCAUCUCACAGCCGCUAUCUAACUGCAGCGUCCCGGCGAACGUUACUGGUCCUAUGUUGGUGUUCGUGACCAACAGUAGUCAGCCCCUUGCGAAUAACAUCCGCGAUGCCGCGAUCGGCACUAUCGUCGCAGGUCCAACGAUGAUCUUCAUCGACAAUCAACAGGAUGCGCUAGCUAUUGCAGCACGUCCUGGUCUCAACUCCACCGUGACCACCAGCAGCACCUCACACACUACAACAUCUUUCGCGGCGCCAACGACAGUCACUUUGACUCCAGCCACUCCGAGCACAGUCACAAGAGGUACCGUCACUUCAAGCGUGACGUCUACUUCUCGGGCUAUGGCUUCCACCACAGUCACCAAUGAUUGGACGGCUGUGACCAGAACGAUCUCGCCAUCUGAAGUUAGUAGUAUUCUCGCGAGUGCUGUGACAUCUAUGGGUUCGAGAUAA